AUGCCUGCGCUAGUGGAUCUGCUGAAAAAACAUCGUGUCAAGUUGGUCGGCACACUGUUCGCCGCUCCACUCAGUAAGGAUGCUGGGAUUGGGGAGUGUCAGAAGCCAGAGCUGAGAGUUAUUGUCUACGGAAGUAUCAAUGACAAAGACGCGGUCGGGACUUGCUUAUCGGACGCAGGAAUGUACCUGCAACAUCCCACAAGCGUGGAGUAUGACUCCAGAUUCCCAUAUGUGAACCCACAGUAUCUUGUGCGACCUGGGGGUGAAAUGCCUCGAAUCGAUGAACUCAGGGUCUCCGACGAUGAGCAGGGCUCGCAGGUUUCGGAGAGGUUGAAUGAAGGGGUCAAGAGUGAGCUAUUCCGGAUCCUCGACACGGUUAACACCUAUGAGGGGUCCUAUGAAGCCUGCUCCAGUCCAAGGUUGGCGUCGAGGUUGAAACCUCACCAGGAAGUGGCCUUGGCAAUGAUGAUAGAAAGGGAAUCUGGACAAAUCGAUGGUCUGAAAUUUCCAUCCAUCUGGGAAGCGCUCGGGAACCACAGAUACCGACAUAGAAUCACGGGGACCAUCGACACAGACCCUAGACCGAUGCGUGGCGGAAUCCUCGCAGAUGACAUGGGCUUGGGCAAAACACUGAGUCUUCUAGCACUACUCUGCUGCUCCCUCGAUGCCAUAGAAUACCUACAGCCACCUCCCGACAGCCCUCGGACGACUCUGAUCGUCACACCGAAGACCACUAUUCUGGGAUGGGAGACACAGAUUAAAACACACAUCAAACAUAACCAACUUCGGUACUUCAUAUACCAUGGCGCAAAUCGAGGCAAAGUUAAACCUUCCCUGGUACGCGAGUACGAUAUUGUCAUUACAACAUAUGAAACCAUACGCCAGGGUUGGCGGACAAAGGAUGGUUUAAGCACAGAGACUUGGUAUCGCAUAGUUCUAGAUGAAGCACAUCGUAUCCGGAGCCGGUCGUCACAGGUGUUCAAGGCCGUGAGCUCCCUGAAAGCGCACGUUCGAUGGUGUCUCACCGGUACGCCAAUCCAAAACUCCAUUGACGACUAUGGUGCCCUCUUGAGCUUCAUGCAAAUGCCGGUCCUGGAGACCAAGUCCGCAUUUGAUUAUUGGAUUGCGUCGCCGGUGAAGCGUCAGCAACCGGGCUAUAUCCAGACACUCCAAGCGCUCGUGGCUGCCACAGCUUUCCGGCGGACCAAGAAGACGCUUGAUUCCGCCCUUCAGCUGCCCAAAAAGGUUGAAAGAACCGAAUUGGUUCACUUGACGGCCGCAGAUCGGGAGGUAUAUGACUAUUUCAAAGCGAAAGCAUCCAAGAAGGCAGCGGAGCUCUCUGGUGAGGCUCAGGAUCCUGGAAAACAAGCCGGUGUAGAUACGACCCUCGCACUGAUUAACAUCCUGCGGCUAAUAUGCGAUUAUGGUGAGCGCUUGCUACCUAAAUCCGCGCUCGAGCUAUGGCGCAACCGAGACAGACAUGUUGAUGAUGUUAUUGCCGCACCUUGGGAAAGAUGUCAAGUGUCUUCUUUGGGCUUAUCUCCGAAGGUGAUAGCAUUAGUGAAAAACUUGGAAAGGGAGCAACGAAGCACAUCGCGAUCAGGUUUGAUGCCUGCAAAAAGUGUGGUUUUUAGUCAGUGGACCAAGAUGCUCGACCUGAUGGUCCCGGUUCUCCACUCCAACAAAUAUGACUUCGUGCGGCUCGAUGGAGGAUCGAGUUUAGCAGAUCGCCAGCUAAUGAUCGAGCGAUUCACAAGGGACGAGAGCUGCACGGUAAUGCUGGCCAGCAUUGGCAGUGCCGGAGAAGGCAUCGACCUCACCGCAGCCAACUCCGUGCACAUUAUGGAGCCUCAUUGGAACCCAAUGCUAGAGGCGCAGGCAGUCGACAGGGUUCAUCGAAUAGGUCAAUCCCGUGAAGUUAUCGUUACAAGAUAUCUCACUGUCAACUCCAUUGAGGAUGUAUGUGUGACACUUACUUUUCCAUCAAAUUAUCAUACUGACGGGAUUGUAGUACGUUCGUUGGGUCCAAGAAGACAAGAUAGCAAUCAUUCAGCAGUCGUUAGCUUCCGUUCCAAAGUCACAGGCAGAGCUUGA